UUUGGUUAGUUAUUUGUUUUUCCAUAACACAUUCCGUACACUCUGUUCCCUCUGAAUGUCAGCUUGGUUCCGUUACAUCCAGCCGGCCUACAUGUAGGAGAGAUCUCCCCAGCUCUCUCCUCGUUUCAGCGGAAAUCCUCGUCUUCGUCCUCGUCGUCCUCGUAUCCCUAGUCCCUAGCUCCUCUCCUGACGCCCCCGCGAAGCCUCCCAAGUCGUGAAAUCAUUCCGGCGGCGGCGAUGGGAUUGGACUGCUGGGACAAGAUGAGGGUUCCUCUCAGGAACCUGUGGAUCGAUGUCGCUACGCGUCUUGGUGUCCGCAACCGCGGGUUGCUGAAGCUCCGACAGGAUGUGAGGAGAUGCGAGUACGACGAUGUCCAUGUGAUGUGGAACAUGCUGAAGAAAAAUGAAACCGAGGCGGCAGCCCUGAGCCCUAAGAGGAGGAAGAAGCGAUCGUUCUGGAGCUUCUUCGAUUGGGCCCGGUGCGCUCCCAACCUCCGCCACUAGCUCGAUCGCCUAUAUCCACACCUAUAUCCAUUAAGAUGUCGUAUAUACUUCUUUUGUCGCUGUCUCCGAGCCGGCAAGGAAUCAGAGCGAAAGAAAGAGCAGAAGUACCGAUCACUUGUCGAUAUAUUAGACUUAUACUUCUCAUUCGUCAGGAUGAGACAUUGGAGCAAUGCACGUCAACGCGAUGCCUCAUCGUCCCACAUAUAUAUUAGCCGUAUAUAGUAACAUAAUUCUUCUUGCAGUACCUUGCUCCCAAAAAUGAAAAAGAAAAAAAAUCUCGACGUGCCUAUAUCAUGUAUACGUCGUGCCGUUACUGGGAUUUCGAUGAUCACAUGAUUAAUUGAUGAUGCUCUUUGGAUGUAUUUUUGUUUAUAGCAUAUGUAUACUUCCUCCUUGUUCA